AUGGAGCGCUGCAGGCAGCACUUCAUCUCCAAGCAGGCGCCGCACCUGACUGAGCGCAUCCAGACGUUCGCCGAAAGCAGCGCCACCGUCGAGCUCGCGGCGAUCCGACUGGGGUGCGAUCCGGCGCACAUCGCCAAGUCGCUGUCGUUUCUUCUGAAGAAACCGAAGAGCAAGGCGGAGGCGAAGGCGCACCAGAAGAUGGUGAGGGAAGUGCGCACGCAGCAGCAGGACGGCAGCGGGGCGGCGGGGGGCGACCGCGCGAGCGCCUCGCCCGCCAGCCAGCCCACCGCCACCGCCCCUGACGACACCAACAUCGUUGUGAUUGUGGCGGCAGGCGACGCGAAGGUGAGCACGAAGAAGUACAAGGAAAAGUUCGCGUGUCAGCCCAAGAUGCUGAAGCACGAGGAGGUGGAGCCGUACACAGGCUUCCCGCCCGGGGGCGUGUGCCCCUUCGGCCUCCACGAUGACGUCAGGGUGUACCUGGACGUCUCACUGAAGCGCUUCCCAUAUGUGUACCCGGCGGCGGGGACGACGAACACCGGCAUCAAGGUCACGGUCGAUGAACUCGAGCAGUACGCGUCGAACGCCGUUGAGUGGGUGGACCUCUGCGAAGGAUGGCAGCCGGAGGAAGCCGUCGCCGCAGCGACGGCUGAGAAGGCCACCGCCGACGGCAGCAGCACCAUCGGCGUGGUCCAGGACGCCGGCGUCGCCGCCAAGAAGGUGGAGAACGAGGCGUCCAAGUCGGCGGAGGCGACGGCGUAA